UUCCACUCACGUUCCGAUUUCAAAAUCUCCGUCCUUAUCUGUAAAGUUCAAAGUUUCAAAACUUUGAACGACACUCACAUCCAGCAGUGUGGGCCAUGUAUUUUCACUUCGUUGGACCCUCAGACAACAGAAAACAAAAACAAAGCAAAACACGUGGUGGACCCAUCAGGCAUCAGAUAACACAUCCAUCGGCCCCACUACUUAUCUCCAUCACAAAUCGGGCCUAAUACUGGGCCUCUAAUUUUACUUAUUUUCCAGAAAAACCUAAACAAAUAUCAGAAUUCCCACAAAGUCCACCGCAUCAGUCAUGACUCACUGAGUCAUCAUCACCACCGACUCAGACGAGUCUAGUACAGUCACUACCAUGAUCCACGAUACACUGGUGCCACUCAAACAAUGAGACGACGACGACGACGACGACGAAUGGCGACUCUGAAUCCGGCGCUGCUGCGAACAUUUUCGUUCCUCUGCGCGCGAGUCCACCACCGACGCCUGGGCCUCGGGCUUGCGGUCCCGAGCGGCAGGGCGUGGUGCAGCGUGGCGAGCGAGUCGACUCGGCCGGAUAGUCUAUCGUCCUCGGCGGACAGUUCCGCGCUGAGAGAAGUGCUGAGCGUGAAGGAGCCGCCGAAGUACCCUCGCUGGGACGACCCAGACUACUGCAAGUGGAAGUAUAAGGAACGGGAGAUUUUAAACGACAUCGAGCCCGUCGUUUUGCUGGCCAAGGAGAUUCUGCACUCUGAUAGGUAUAUGGAUGGUGAGCGGCUGACGGAGGAAGAUGAAAAGGUUGUGGUGGCAAGGCUUCUUGCUCAUCAUCCACACUCAGAGGAUAAAAUUGGCUGCGCAAUUGAUUCUAUCAUGGUUGAUCGGCAUCCCCAAUUUAAACACUCAAGGUGCCUAUUUGUCAUAAGAACUGAUGGUGUAUGGAUAGACUUCUCCUACCAGAAGUGUCUUCGAGCAUAUAUCCGAGAGAUGCGUAUGAAAUGGUAUUCAAAUUAUACCUUGGAAGGGGAAUGUCUUUCGUAUUCAGAUCUUCAGUGAUCCACAUAUAACCUUGAAGUCCUCAAAGCUCAUUAGAUAACAACAUGGCUCUCCUAGGACCCGCUUUUACUAGGAUUGAAUUACUUAGCUUUGCACCUAGAAGUCCGCAAAGCUCAUUAGAUAACAACCUGGCUCUCUCUCAUUGAUUAGAAGCUUUGUCAAUCGUUUUAGCUUAAUUAGAGAAUUUAGAUGGAGGAAAAUAUGUGUCCUUAUGUCCGGCGUUCAGGAUUUGUGCCAAUAGAGUCCAUCAGUCGGAAGAUGUCCGAUGUGGUGAUCAUUGAUCUUGUAGCUUUUUGGCUGACCUUCGAUGGAGAUAAUAACAUUGCAUUGUGACAAA